GUGCGGGCUCCAGGGACGGCGGAGGCGGCCACGGCUGGCUGGGGCUCGGGGCCUAAGACCCGAGCGUCGACACCCGCGCGGUGGGCACCUCGAGCUCUGCUGAGUGCCUGGGGCCGCCGCCAAGCACAGACCAUGUUCAUGGUGCGCCUGACUUCCCAGCUGCUCAGGGCUGUUCCCCGGGCAGGUUGCAGUGGGCCUUGGCCUGUCUGUGGGGUGCUGGGCAGGCAUGCCUGCAGGCCUCACCACAGCAUACAACCAAUAGGCCCAAGUGGGGUUGCCUCCCUCCCUGACAGGCGGGUCCACAUGGAGCUUGAGGAGAUGCUGCUCCCCAGGAAGAUGUCUAUCAGCCCCAUGGAGAGCUGGCUAACUGUUCGCUACCUCCUGCCCAGACUGGACUCUGGGGCCCCAGGGACUGUGUCUCCAGCCCAAGUCUAUGAGUGUCCGCAGGGGGAAGGGGUCAAGCAGGGGGGUAAGGAGAUCUGGGAUGCACCCCAGAUACAGUGCAAAAACGUGCUCAAGAUCCGCCGGCGGAAGAUGAAUCAUCACAAGUACCGCAAGCUGGUCAAGAGGACCCGGUUCCUGCGGCGGAAAGUCAGGGAGGGACGCCUGAAACGGAAGCAGAUGAGGUUCGAGACAGACCUGAGGCGCAUCUGGCAGAAGGCGGGCCUGAAGGAAGCCCCCGCAGGCUGGCAGACCCCCAAGAUCUACCUGAAGGGCAAAUCAGUCUUGUGUAUCUCUCCCCCAGCCCUGUUACUGCUGAUGACCCAUUGUAAUAAAUAUUCAGAGAACUUAGCCAAAAAAAAAAAACAAAAAAGGACAUAUAAAAUAGUAUGGAUUGAUACAAUCAGGAGGAGGAACCAAGAUGCCAGAGCCUUGAAUAACACCAUGGGACCCAUGCGAAGUGCCACUAGUGAUGCUGGCAGUGCUCCCAAGAAGCAGAGAAAAGUCAUGACAUUACAAGAAGACGCUGAAUUGCUUGAUACGUACCAGAGAUUGCGGUCUGCAGCUGUGAUUUCCCACCAUUUCAAGAUAAAUGAAUCCAGGGUAAGGACCAUUGUAAAAAAUGGAAAGGAAAUUCAUGAAGCCAUAGCUGCCGCUAUGCCGGCAGGUGCAAAAACCUUGCGCUUUUUGUGA